AUGGCGCCCAAGGCAGCAGCGGCUGCUGCGCCUGCCAAGGCGGCGCUCGUGACGGACGCCGACGUGCAAGGCACGCUCUUCCGCCUCACCAUCCUCCUCGCCACGUCGCUCGCGUCGCUGCACGAGGCGCACGCGCCCGCCGUGCAUGCCUCUUCCUCGGCGCUGCCGGCGCCGGCCUUCUACGCCUCGCUCUCGCGCCAGCUGCACGCCGACGUGCUGGCGCUGCUGCACGUCGCGCAGAAGUGCGCCUCGGCCCUCACGCUGGCGCUGCGGCGCGGCGCGCGGCAGCCGGCGCCGCCAGCGCACGGCAGCAGCAGCAGCAGCAGCAGCACGUCGGCCACCGCCGGCAUGGACGGCGCCAGUCUGGCCGCCGCAAAGGCGCAGCUCGACACGCUGGCGCACGAGGUGCUGCCCAAGCUCGCCUUUCUCUGCGCAAAGGCCGCGCGCGACGCAGACGUGCGCGUGGCGCUCGACGCGCCGCCGAGCGCAGAGGAGCAGGCGGAGCGCGCGCGGAUCGCGCACGAGGUCGAGGCCCUGGGCGGCAGAGUGCUGCCGCCGGGCGGCAAGAGUCGCAAGGUGGCGGGCCUGGGCGUCGGGCAGGCGUUUGCCAAGGCGCUGGCGCAGCGCGUCGAGGCGGUGCUCGAUGCCCUCGUCGAGCUCUUCACGGCGCUGAUGGACGAGCGCACGCACGCCGCCGUCGCCAAGGCCGCCGCCGCACGGGCGCGCGCAGAGGGGCGGCGGCUCAUGCUGCGUGCGCAGCAGCGCGCCGCCGCGGCCGCCAGUGCGGCACAGGCGCGCGAACAGGCGCUGCAGGCGACGGCCAAGGUGUGGGCGGCGUGCGACGAGGCACAGAAGGAGAUGCCGCGCAACAAUCGCGAGGCGCUCGCGCGGAGAUGGCGGGAGAGAGAGGAGGUGAUGGACGAUGGCUGGGAGGAGCUGAAGAGUGAGGCCGGCGUGGAGGAGGACGAUGAGCACGACGACGACAAGGCGGCCGCGUCAGUCGUGAGCGCCGCACCCUCUGCGCCAUCAACACAGCUCGACGACGACGACGAGGAUCCGCUGGCUGGGCUACAAGACAUGCAGCUGACGCUCGCCGAGAAGCGCGAGGCGCGCCGCUACGUGCCGCUGCUGAAGCUCGGGCGCAUUCUGCAUCGCGCGGCGGGCCGCGUGGCGCUCGCUGCGCCUUCGGCCGCCUCGUGCGACGCCGCCAGCGCCGCAGCCACGUCGCCGCAAGCCGCCGCCGCGCACGCUCUGGAUCUCGACGCGCUCGACGCGCAGGCGCAGCGCCUCGCAGAGCGCCAGGACGACGUCGUCGCGGCGCUGCUGUAUGGCGGCGCGCAUGGCAUGGAGCUCGAGUCGCUGGGCUCCGACGCCGGCUCCGACGUGGAGGCGGAGGCAGGCGCCACUGCCGCAGUCGCGCGUGAAGAGGAGGCAGAGGAGGGGCACGAGGCCGAGGCGGACGACUCGGAGGAGGAGGAGACGCAAGACACCGCAUCCGUCUGUGCCGCCUACGUCGCUGCGGCCACAGAGCUCGCGGCGGCCCUGGGCGUGCGGCUCGCCGACGCGGCGCCGACACAAGCGCUCCCUUGCCGCACACCGGCGGCGGCGCAGGAGCAGGCAGCAGCAGCGCAGCCGCCGCAGCCGCAAGAGGGCAGCGCCAAGGCGCGGCACACGCUGCGCAUGUGUGCCGAGGGCAUGCGCAAGCUGGCGGCGAGCCUGCGCGUGCCUGCCGCGGCAGAGGAGCAGGAGGCCCACGCAGAGCCAUGA